GGUCAUGUGACCCUCCCGCGUCGCUUCCGUCGGCUGGAUCGCGGCCGUAUGCGCGGCUCUGCGGAGCGCGGCUGGGGUUGGGGGCGCUGUGCCCCCAGCCCCCUGCUCCUUUUGACUCUACUUCUGUUUGCAGCCCCAUUUGGCCUGCUCGGGGAGGAGACCCGCCAGGUGUCUCUGGAGGUCGUCCCCAACUCGCUGGGCCCCCCGCAGAACCUGCUUCAUAUCCGGGCAGUGGGCACCAACUCCACGCUGCACUAUGUCUGGAGCAGCCUGGGGCCUCUGGCGGUGGUGCUGGUGGCCACCAACACCCCCCACAGCACCCUGAGCGUCAACUGGAGCCACCUGCUAUCCCCUGAGCCCGAUGGAGGCCUGAUGGUGCUCCCCAAGGACAGCAUUCAGUUUUCUUCUGCCCUUGUUUUUACCAGGCUGCUUGAGUUUGACAGCACCAACGUGUCCGAUACCGCAGCAGAGCCUCCAGGAAGACCAUAUCCUCCAUACUCCUUGGCCGAUUUCUCUUGGAACAACAUCACUGAUUCAUUGGAUCCUGCCACCCUGAGUGCCACAUUUCAAGGCCACCCCAUGAACGACCCUACCAGGACUUUUGCCAAUGGCAGCCUGGCCUUCAGGGUCCAGGCCUUUUCCAGAUCCAGCCGACCAGCCCAACCCCCUCGCCUCCUGCACACAGCGGACACCUGUCAGCUAGAGGUGGCCCUGGUUGGCGCCUCUCCCCGGGGAAACCGUUCCCUGUUUGGGCUGGAGGUAGCCACGUUGGGCCAGGGCCCUGACUGCCCCUCAAUGCAGGAGCAGCACUCCAUCGACGAUGAAUAUGCACCUGCUGUCUUCCAGUUGGACCAGCUGCUAUGGGGCUCCCUCCCAUCAGGCUUCGCACAGUGGCGACCAGUGGCUUACUCCCAGAAGCAGGGGGACCGAGCAUCAGCCCUGCCCUGCCACACUUCCCCUCUGCAUCCUGCCUUGGCAUACACUCUCCCCCAGUCACCCAUUGUCCGAGCCUUCUUCGGGUCCCAGAAUAACUUCUGUGCCUUCAAUCUGACGUUUGGUGCCUCCACAGGCCCUGGCUACUGGGACCAACACUACCUCAGCUGCCGUCUUACUCCUGUCUCUCUCUCUGCUUGCUCUAGGUCAGCGCUCCUGGGUGUGGGCUUCCCUCCAGUGGAUGGCUUGUCCCCAUUAGUCCUGGGCAUCAUGGCGGUGGCCCUGGGUGCCCCAGGGCUCAUGCUACUGGGGGGCGGCCUGGUUCUGCUGCUGCGCCACAAGAAGUACUCAGAGUACCAGUCCAUAAAUUGAGACCUGCACUCUGGAGGGAAGGACAUUACUGGACCUGUCUUGCUGUGCCUCAAAACUCUGGAGGUUGGAGGGUCAAGUUCCAGCCAGCCCCUUCACUCCCCUGUCUUGCUUUUCUGUGGAACCUCAGAGGGCAGCCUCAACUUCCUGGAGACCCCCAGCUGGGGCUUCCUUCAUACCUUGGGGAGGGGACUUUGGAAGUGGGUAGGGGACAGGGUUAUUGAUAAAGGAAAGGUCCCUUUGGUGUUGCCUUCUUGCCUCUCCACACAUUUCCCUUGGAUGUGACUUGCAGGCCUAAAUGAGAGGCAUUCUGACUGACUGGCUGCCCUGGAAGGCAAGAAAAUAGAUUUAUUUUUUUUUCACAGGG